UUGUUUGGGCUAGAACUGAAGACCUGUAGGCCGAAGAUAGGGGAAGCGACGAGAGAAAUGCCUGGCAAUUAGAUUUGUCUGUCCAGUAUUUCUAGAACCGGUAUCGUUUUCAACCCGUCAAAAUGAGCGAGACAAGCGCCGUUGUAGAGAAAUCUCUACGUUCAGUUUUUGUGGGGAACAUUCCUUAUGAAGCAACAGAGGAAAAGCUCAAGGAUAUUUUCAGCCAAGUUGGCCCUGUCCUUUCAUUCAAGCUUAUGUAUGAUCGUGAAUCUGGCAAGCCAAAAGGUUAUGGGUUCUGUGAAUAUAAAGAUCAAGAGACUGCUCUUUCUGCAAUGCGUAACUUGAAUAGUUAUGAAAUUGGAGGACGACCGUUACGUGUAGAUAAUGCUUGUACUGAGAAGUCAAGAAUGGAAAUGCAAAGUUUGAUGAUGGGUCCUGUUGUGGAGUCACCAUAUGGCCCUGAAGUGGAACCAAGUAAGGCACCAGAAGCUAUCAGUAAUGCAGUUGCUUCUUUGCCUCCGGAACAGAUGUUUGAAUUAAUGAGGCAGAUGAAAUUAUGUGUCCGUAAUAAUCCUACCGAAGCUCGCACAAUGCUCAUGAAUAAUCCACAGUUAGCAUAUGCAUUACUUCAGGCUCAGGUUGUAAUGCGGAUUAUUGAUCCAAAGACAGCUGUUCAAAUACUUCAUGGAGGACGAGAAAUUGUUGAGCCAUUGUUGCCACCUUCAGGACCACCACCUACUUCUAUGGCUCCAACAAUGAAUGGAGGACCUCCCGGUCCUCCACCGGGACCUCCUGGACCUCCUGGACCUCCAAUGCCCCCUGGUGGUCCUCCCCCACCAACAAACUUACCCACACGUUUUCCUCCUCCUGUUUCUGGCGGACAUGGCGGUUUCCAGGGUCCACCACCAGGACCACCACAGCCACGAGGCCCAUCCUUCCCAGCUGGUGACUUUGAUAUGCGGCAAAUGAAUGUACCUCCACGGGGUCCACCUCCCCAAGGCAAUGAUCAGGACAUGAGACUAGCACCUCCUGGAAUGGGUGGUCCUCCUCCCCCACAUCCCCAUGAAAACUUUGGUGGGCCACCUCAUGACUUUGAGAACAGCCGACAGUGUAAGGAGUCUGAAGGUGGUAAUAGGUACCCCAACCGAGAUCCCCGAGACUUUGAUCAAAGAGACCAGCGAGGUGAUCAACGUUUCAAUGACAUGCCACCUAAUCGCGACCGUGGUAACUUCAACAGAGGUGAUCCCAGAGACAGCAGGGAACGGGAUAGAGAACCCAGAGGAUACCGUGAUCCCCGUGAUAAUCGUGAUCCAAGAGGUGAUGUUCGUGAUCAGCGAGAUGUAAGGGAUCCAAGAGGAGGAAAUGAAAGAGAUAGAGAUCCUCGUAACGAGCGUGACAUGGACUUCCGAAACAACCCAAAUUCAGAAAGCAGAGAUCCAAGGGGUGGAAGACCGCCAUUUUCUCAAGACAAAGACUUCAGAAGUGGUGCCAAUCCUCCUCCCCCUAUUGGUGGUGGACCUUCUCAGCCUCCUCCACGAGGUGUUCCUCCUCCCUCUGGUGUUCCACCCCCUCCAAGCAGCAGUCUUACAGCAAGUCUUGCUGGACAAGAUCAAGAAAAGGCUAAUUUAAUUAUGCAAGUGUUGCAGCUUUCUGAUGAGCAGAUACAAAUGCUCCCACCAGAACAACGCUCUUCCAUCAUUCAGCUUAAGGAACAGAUACAGCGUUCACAGCACUAAGUCUUUUUGAUGAUGUAAGAGAGCAUAUUGUUCCAUUUCUUGCACACAAAGUAUGUAAACACACGAUAAGGAAACUUUCUUUUAUUAAGGUAUAAAAAUAGAAGUCAAUGUUAACUCAUUAGAUUUUAGGUAGAGAUAGUGUUAUAAAUAAUUAAGUAAUCAUUAGUGAUUUUGUUCGUAUUUGCAAGGCUGCUUGCUUUUGGAAAAUAACUUUAGACAGCAUGUUAUAGUGAUUCUUUUGAAAUUGUUCACAUGGUGUUUAGAUUGUUUAUUAUGUAGAUUAUGUAUUUUAUAUUUUUUAUGUUUAUUCCCAUAUUAAUUUGGAUAUAUUUAUAUGGAUUCAUAUGCUAAAAUUGGUAAUGCCAUUAGUUGCAUAUUGUGGAAAUGACCAGAGAAAUUUUGUAUUUUGCACCGAUAGGCGUCCUCCCCUGCCAAAGAAAAAAAGAAACCCUAUUGUUAUUAUUGGUUAAUAUUAAUUAUUGAGGGAGUAACACCCAAUUUAUUGAAAUUGUUUGCAUAUACCUCAUUUUGAAUUUUACACUGAUAACUUAUUUUUCAGCAUGGAGUAAAGCUCACGCCUAACCAGAAGUGAUGUACAUAAGGAUUUAAAGAUAUAUGGUAAACUAUUGUUCAUUUCAUCCUAUCCCCUUGUUAAUAUAGAAUAUGUAUACAGUUUAUUGAUUUUUAUGAGUUGACAGUUGUCACAGGAAAUCUGUAAUGAUGUUUCAUAAUUACCAUUGCCUUUUAUAAAUGUAUUCUAGUGUUAGGAAUGGAAAAUAAGUUAAUUACAAAUGCUUUCAAGAUAGUUUCCAGGUACAUAUGUGCUGCUCGUGGGAAGCUGUUGCAAGUGGAGCUUGUGCUCUAAUUUAGUCAGUAUGUUUGUAUGAAAUAAGAUUUUAAAUUUCUAGAUUUGAUAACAUGCUCUGUUUUUUGGCUCUCAAAGUGUAUGUCUAAAUUACUAAUGAAAAGAUGUGAAAAUAUUUUUCAACUGGAGGGAGAACAAGAUACUAUGUAAUAUACCUUGAAUAUUUAGCACUGUAUAGGAAUACUUUUAUAUAAAAAAGCAUAUAUACUAUCUUUGUUUCAUGUACGAUAUUUUAGUUCCUACUUUGUAUGUUAUUUCUUGCAAUUAAUCGCUUACAGGAAUAUAGGUUAGUCUCCAUUCACUUGAUUAAUUUUUAUAUUUUUCCUUUUAAUUUUCCUGUUUUAAUUGAAAUGUUUUAUUGGUACAGUUUAUAAUUUCUUAUUGUAAGAGGAGUUGUGUUCAUAAUUGCCAUUGUACUUCUAACUUUACAUUGGUUACUGAAAGUGCGAGUGUUGAACUUUGUUUUGUGUAGCCUGGAUUGAAGCAUUUAAGGAGGUCCUGUUAACAGUAUCAGAGGUUUGCCACAUAAUUUUAAAUACUUGAUAUUUAAGAUUUGUUAAUGAUGGAAUUGUAUGAUUGCUCUUGAGGCAUUCAUUUAGGAACCUUUACUUUGAAGACUAAUUAGAUAUAAGUCAGUUACAAGCCAUGUAUACUAGUGCCAUCAUGCAUGUUGAAAGAAGGCAAACCAAGUUUUGAAUAAUCCUUACAACAUGCAAAAAGAGAGGGGAGCCCCCUGUUUCACUUGUAAGAACACUCAUUUCUACUUGUGAACUUAUCUAUCUUACUGAAAGUUUUCAUCUUUUCACAAUUUUCCUUGAAUUUUUAUUAUGUGAAAGUCAGUAAUAAUUUGUUUCAAAUUGAGAAAUGGUCAUGUUAUGCAUGUGAUGUUUUUGUUGUCAUUUUGUGGGUUUAUUAGCAAAUAAGGCAGUCCCCGGUUUACGACAGGGUUUUCGUCCCUGGCAGCACGCCUGUAAGCUGAAAAUUGCAGUAACACAAAGCGUCAUAAUUAUAACGGAAAUAAAUAACACUUACAGUGCCGGUGCCAUAAGUGUGGGUAACAGCGCCGUUAAUCCACUUACGGCACCGAAAAAUUGGGGUUAACAGCACUGUGAGGCUAGUGCCAUUAAGGUGGAAUGACAUAACCCGAACCUAAUGUAACCCGGGGACUGCCUGUAUAGUUUUAGUCAGAAUUUGUUCUUGAAUUGAGUAGGGUAAAUCAUAUUGUAUUGGCUGUUGGUUUGACCGAUCAAUAGUUCUUAUGAGGUUUUUUCCAACACUUUUUGGUCCAAAUGUGGAUGGGUAUCUGUAGAAAAAAAAAAGAGGGCAUAGGAAUGAGGACCCAUGAGCUGUAUGUAUUGUACCAUCUCGGUAGAGAGUAUACUUUUUCAUUUAUUUUUUAUAGAUUUCUAACCCUUUCAGUAUCAUCUUUGAUAUUACAUAAUGAUUAUCAGUCCGGAAAAAUUUGCAAUACAUACUAUAUAUGUGAAGUGAGAAUAUUGCAACAGGUGGUUCCUUGGGCUAGAGGUUUGUGAACAGCUUAAGAUUUUUCAGCAAAUUUGGGAAGUAAACUUUUUUGGAUAGUAAUGGGGGUCAGUCAAGAUAUGUAACCACUAAAGGUCUCCAUGAUGUUCAUAAUGUAGUGGUUUCUUAAUAACCUUUGUGCCAAAUUUCUUGCAAAUACCGCACUGGAGGUUCUCAUGGAAAGGCUCCAUGUAUCAAUUUCAGGCUCAUGGCUUCAGUCUCUACUGCACUUUUGGUAUUCAACAGGAUAACUUCAGAUGCUGUUCAGGCUUAUUUAGUGGCUGAUUUUACUAUCCUUUAUGCUAGUUAUCAUCAUUAUAAAUUUGUAUAUGUCAGCUUUUCUCCUUUAGAGUUAGAAGUUAAAUGAGUGCUCUCCACUCUCUUGUGUUCUGUGCCGUCUCUGCAAAAUAUCCUAUCUAGGGAAGGUCUUCAUCUAUCCUUUUUACUAAAUUUCUUGGCCUUUCAGUAGGUUUUUGUCUUGCUGCUUCCAUAAUUAUUACGUUUCUGAAUGACCUUUUCUUAUCCAAUCUCAUUACCUGGAUAAACCAUACUCAAGAUUGAUUUAAAGAUCACAAGUAUGAUUAUUACAAGCAGGAAUGAAGAGCCUGAUCAACUAACUCGUGAAUUUCCCGAACAGUUCAGGAGUCUCAUGUCAUGUAGCUGUUCUCCAUCAUCACUAGAUCUGUCUUAAGAAAUAAGGCUGCCAGGUGAGUGGUAGGAAGGUACUAAGGGUGUAUCACCAAAAUCUGGUAGUCUAGACAUAGAGAGGAACCAUGUAUUACAUAGGAAGGAUACUUCAUAUUUUGAGAGCAAGUGAUGUUGUAGAUUAGAUUUCCUCUGGUACCUCCAGAUUCAGGUUGUUAUGAUGUCCACCAAAGAAUGGGGCUUACAAGGAGUGUGUCAGAAAUUUAAUAUCUCCGAGAAUAAGUACCAAGUUGGGGUUAGUUUUAGACAAUGUUAAUCUUAAAUAAAUCUCAGAUUGAGGGAAUAAUAAUCAUGUAAUACAACACCAUCGUAGUUACACAUUUGAAGAUGAUGAAAAACCUUGGCUCAAAAGUUUACAUGAGCCAGUACCAGGAUCAAAUUUGGGGCCAAGGAGAGAGAUUGUGUUGGUUCUUGGAUUUGUGCCAUUCAAGAACAUUCAUGCUGAUUCCUUCAGAAGGAAUCACAAUUCUGCAAGUAUCACUGAAAAGCAUGGGGAGUUUUUUUUCAGCAUAUUUGUUUGACUGCCAUGAGGAGCAGACUCCUGAUCACCUGUUCAAUCUAGUACUUAGAUUUAGCAUGAUGGAAGGCAAAAUAAUAGCCUAACUGUCAAGUCCUAUGCAUUUCUGUGUAACUUUCAUAGGAAAUAUGUGGAGUAGAAAAUACAGGUCUACACCAACCAUUAAGUACAAAAUAAUUAGAUAAUUACCAGUCUGAUAUGAUAAAUGUACAUGAUGAAAAUUUUAGGAAAAAGAUAAUUGAUAUUUUAUAUAAAGAGAACUCUGAAACAUCUUUAUUUCAAAAUAUAACUGUAUAAAUGGAGGUACCCUUCUUCUAGCUCCUUCAGUUAGAACAUACUGUGCUUUUGGAAUGCAGGCAGAAACAGAAAUGAGUGUACUCUCUUAGGAGAGGGGUCUCCCCAAUCUGGGAAAUAUCUUCUCUGCCUUUCAAAACUAUCAGUUCAUAUUUUGUGGUACUAGUAAAUGUAAUAGGUUUUUAUAUGUAACAAAUAUAAAAUAAUUUGCUAUGAAAGGGAUAUAUUUUUGCUGUAGUUAAUGUGGGCAAAUCUUUUUUUGUAAUUUAACCAGGAAUGCUUUCAUAUUACAUGCAGCUGUAACAACUUUAAUGAUUUAAGUCACAUAUUGGGUUGUCUUUUUCUCCAAUUAUUUGUAAAUUGUCAAGCCGUCAUUUUUGUAUUUCUGUAUUUCAUUUACUUGAAAUCAGAUGUAUAGAAAUAUAAAUAAAUUUUUCUGUACUGUACAGUA